GCCAACGACAAACGCUUUAGUGAAAAUCAAUCCAUGCCUCAUUUCUUUGUCAGCCAGACGCCAGGAAAAACUGAAAAAUCGCCUGGAAAACAUAUCUCAUCGGAACCAAACCACUGAAAAAACAAUACUUAAAGGACAAAUCACAACUAAAAGAGCAAUAAAGCUGGUUUAACACAACAUCCGUGCGGAAAAAGUACCUGGGAAAUUGGCCCACACCUGUUUUUAGGCCAAGGAAAAAGCGAAGCUACGACGCAAAAGGCGCCCGAAUUUUGCAAACCGGUUUUCGGCGCAGAAGCACACCAACAAGAUCCUUCGAAAGACAAGCGGAAGGCAGCGGAAACACACAGAUUUAGAGGAUCAAGCUAUUAAAAAGAUCACCGGCGGUAUCAUGAACACUGGGAUCUCCCUGAACGAGCGCUUCACACAGAUGCAGUCGAAGCCACAGCCGCAGAGUCGCGGACGCAGUCGCUCGCGGAGCAGGAGCCGCCGCAUCGUGGACAGCGGCGCCGGGAACCCGGGCGUUUCGGCGGCCAACUCCCGCCUGCUGCAGGAGUUCAAGCGACGCCACACCGUCCAGACGGCCCUCAAGCUGAAGCGCAGAAGCUUACGGACCAACGCCGUGAGCGGACGUGGAGCCCGCGUUGGCGGCGUCAAGUCGCUGCGCCUGGCGCCCAACGGAAAGCCCAUGCGGUCCAACAAUGUGACCCGGGUAGCAACGAUGCGUGCCGAUCUAGUGGCCAGCGGCAGUGUGGGUCGCAAUCGCCGCAGCGGCAGCAGCAACCGCCGCUUUCCCGCCUCCGGCGGAGGUGCAGGUGGUAAUGGAGGCGGUGGUGGCCUUCGUCAGCGACUGGGGCAGCGCAGGCCCUCAGUGGGCGGUGCGGCCGAGCGCGUAGAACGCCGUCAGCGACAGCAGCAGCAGCAGCAUCAACAGCAAGCACCACGUGGACGUUCCCGUUCGCGAUCCCGGUCGCGCCUCCCGCAACCGCAGCGCAUGGAAAGAGGUCGCUCCCAGAGCCGCGGACGCAGCGUAGGCCGUUCACAGAGCCGUAAUCGCGAUCGCUCCGCUCAAGGACGAGUCCCGGUGAAACAGCGCCUCUCGGUCAAGCAUCGCUUAGGCGUGCGUCCCGGCCAGGGAAAAAACCAGGGCAGCCAGGCCAAGAACCCAAGGCAGCGCCGUGCAUCGAGCCAACUUCGAGGCGUUACCGGCGGACGAGUGGAGAAGCGUCGUAACGGCAAGGUUCCUCAAAAGAAAGGAAUCUCCGCCUCGCUCGCCGGACGCCAGGGACGACCACGCGGAAGAUCUGCUGUCAGGAACGCUGCUGCUGGCGGUGGGGCUGCGAACAACUCUGCACCCGCGCGUCGCUCUCGCUCCCGAAAUCGCGCAGCCGCCGCUGCUGCUGCCGCUGCCAACGCGACCGCUUCGGGCCGGGCUAAUCCUCGCCAGCGACGUGGACGCAGUGCGGGCGCUGCCAAGGGCAACAACAUUAGCAGCAACAUCAACAGAAAUGGUAAAACCAACAAAAACGGCAAGGCCAAGGCGGCCAACGGUGGCAAACAGGUCCCGCAACAAGAGGCUCGAAGGGGACGCAGUCGUAGUCGUAAGCCUGCAGGCAAGCCACAGCGCUCGGAGGUUAAACGCGAGGAUCUGGACAUGGAACUGGAUCAGUAUAUGUCCACCACCAAGUCUGAGAUGGACUACUUGCUUAAGUAAAAUCAGAUCGUUCGGACCAAAUCUAAUAGAAGGAAGGAAGAGAAUAAAUGAAAGCUACCACCGGCUAUAGACAGCUUAUGAUUCUCUCAUCGCACUAAGUUACCGCCUAGUUCAUAGUUAUUUUAAGCAUUAAAACAUUAUAAAAGCGCCCACAAAACGCCUCUAAACAUAAAAAUGUUCUCGUGUACAUAUGGCAAGCUGUAGAACUUUAAGUAAAUCUGGGCGAUAAAUGUAAUUUUAAUCGCAUUUUCCGAAAUACAAUUUAGUUAUUGCUCAACUAAAAGACAAA